GGCCGUUCGCUCUCAGUCGGUUGUAGACACUCGAGACGAUAGCACCGCGUCGCUAUUCGCUCCGAAAACUGUAAAUAAAUACUAGUGAAGGUAUAAAAUACAAGCAAAACAGAGAAGAAAAAAAGAGCUGAAAGCAAAAUUAAGUGAACAGCCACAGUCAGUCAGUCAGUGUUGUAUACAUAACGUACGAGAGCCAGUUCGUGCGCACACAUUGAAAAACAACUGAAACCUGAACGCCUAUUCUCUAUACCUGCUGUUGAUAUUGCUGCUGUUUGGCUGCUGCUGUCUCGUAGCUCCGUUUGGAGAAUUAUAAACAUACGCGCGAGUAUAUAAUACCAGAAAGAAAGAAAUAAACGCGUAAAGUGAGACGCAGUAAAAUAAUAACAAGAAAAUCGUAAUAAUAAAAAAAAAACGAGAGCGCCUGGUUUUCGCUGCUCGGAAGUGAUAUAGUAAUCUGUGAAGUUUUAACGGCUAAGUGGAAUAAGUAGUAUCUUUAUUAGAAAGCACACAAUCCUGCUCUGCUGUUCUGCUCGCUGCUUCAAAAAGGGUUAAGCGAUCAACAAGAGGAGAAAACCAACGAAAAUCUCAGCACUACAGUAGGCCGGUUGACAAACGAAGUUCGUCAAUCCCAAAACAAGAAAGAAUCCCUUUGCAACGGUUGAUAUCAAGUAGGCCUUGCAGCUGGAAGUGGUGUUUAAGAAAAUUGAUUGAGGAGGCUACCGCAUUACGCCCACGACUGACUUCGGAGUAGUCAUUAUCGUCGUUCGGAUUGAUCAUCGUUGUUGGGUUUGUUGGGGGAAAAGUGUGAAUCCAAGCGUGUAGAGUACGCCAAGUGUUGAGCACACACCGCUGAGGAGAAAUCGAUACGGAAGCUGUGCUCCGGCCUUUCACUCGUGGAUCAUCGUGCGAUUGUUUUUGUCCCCGGAGUUAGCUACACAGUUUAGAAGUGUUACUCUCUCCAACAACGGUGAAUCAAGAAGUGUGAAUCAAGUGCGGCAGCAUUUAUUGGGUUUGUUCGAGUGCUCGUUAAAGUUGCAAUAAUUGAAAACGACAGGCAGCUAGAACAACCUCCGGUGGUGGUUGCAAGCAGUAGUAGUACGCCAAGCCUUACGCUAACCAUGCCCAGCAAGCAGACGAACGAUGUGCUAGCCGUCGAAGAGCUGGUGCACGAAAUCCGUGAAAACCUCCGCCUGAAAGCCAAACCUGCCCAUCAUCAGUCGACCCGAAGCUCGCGACCUUCGCCGUACCACAUACCAUGCCGAUCCUGGUCCGAACCGGUUUGCGGCAAUGGCGAGAAGCGACCUGUCGGCAAGUCCUGCAAGAAACCGAAGGACGAAGAAACGAUAGAGGACCCAUACGAGUUCCUGCAGACGCUGCUGAAGAACAACAGCCUGGUGAAGGAAGCGGUCCGGAGGCUGCAGCACGGCCUGUCGCCCAAGCAGCGGUACUUCUACGAGAGCGACGGCGAGGAGUCCCGGUCGCCAAUUGUGGUGAUGUGUCAGCUAGAAUCCUAAGUUAUCUUUUAACUGUAAUUUUAUUCUUAUCGAUAAGUUACUGCUGUAGUUGAGAGUGAGUGAACGAAUGUGAAUGAUGAUGUUGAGGAUAGCGCAUUUUUGAAACACUGAGCCUGAGGAGGAAACUCGUCAUCGUCGGGGUUUGAGAUAUCGCACUGAAGAUUCGGUUUUAUUGAAUCCGUUUUUCUUAACAGUCUCCGGGUGACUGCUGCGUGUGUAUUCGCGGAUGAGUUCUGUAUGCAAAUGCUAAUUUAUUUAUUGUAGAACCAACCAAUUAUCAUGAUGCAAAACGCUGCUAGCGUACGGAAGAAAGUAUCGAGCAUGGAAAACGGGAAAUUAAGUUUUGUUUUUCAUCCCGGUCUGACGUUAAAGGAUGAGCAAGAAGUGUUGAAGAAAGCUAGACUCUUGAAACCAUCAUAAUCGCAAUCAUUGUAGCGUUAACCAUUGCAAACAAUUUGUUUCCAUUUUGUUAACCUAGAAAAUUCCCAUCCUCCGCAAGUCCCGACCACUUCUGUUGGUCUUUUGUUUCUUUACCAAUUCACCGAAGAAGUUCGCAGCACCUUGUAGGCCGUGAUUUAUUUUUAAUACGAUUGCUCCCGCAAACUGAAAUUCCUUGAAUGCGGCGACGCCUGCCUUUCGGACGAACGUGAGCGACGAAAAUGUGGGGAGCCAUUAAGCGAAGGAAAAUCGAUAACGCUUUCGAAACGCACACCAGUGUGAAAAAGGGGGCUCUGCAGGGUGUUGCCCGACGCCCAUCGGUCGAUUCUUGUCGGUGUGUUAUCACUCUUUUUCCAAAGGGAAGACGAAGAACGUAAAAUGGGUUUCGACUCGUCGUCGUCGUAUGACCUUUGUACCAACUGCCACAAGUGUGUCUGUAUUGGCGCCGAUACGCGCUCAGCAAGAAAGAUGAUGCAAUCGGAGCGAAGAAGCAACAACAACAACGUUAAAAACAAACAAUCGAUCGUAUGACCUGAGUGGGCAAAGUUUUUACGUGUCGGAAGCGUGGAGACGGUCGUUAAUGGUGCUGCAAAUAGAUUAUCGUUCGUUUAAUUGGUUCCGUGGUCGUUUCGAAUGAAGUCUGAACUCGCAAAUCACUUCGGGAGCUCGUGGAAGUUGAAAGUUGCUGCUGGGCAUCGAGAAAUGUUCGAAGGCAUCAGUCUUAAUAAUGAAAUAAUAAAAAAGCUAAAAGAGCAAUCUAAUACCACGGUUCUAGUUUGUGAUUGUUCGGGUCUACAUUACUUCAAUUCCAACGAACACCAGCAUACGAAUAGAGUUGAACCAGGGAAGAGUUUUCAUCGCUUCUACUUUUCAAUUAAUGGGCUCAUUGAGCUGCAGUUCAAUAGAAAACAAUUCCCUUGGCACUAAGCACAAAAACGAUUCGCAUUGGUGACCAUUCGCAUCCGAGCUGACAUUUAAUUGUCUUUCCAACCGAUAAAAGAUCCAAAUCUGGGACCGUUAAAUUACCAAAACAGUUCCGUUCGAUGCUUCGUUUCAAGCCCAAAAUCUUCCAUGAGCUGCUCGAUUGAUUGCCUACCAAAAUUGGUUACUGUUGCUUUCUCAAGCAAGAGAAAGCAUGCCAUGAAAACGAACGGCACAAACACAAUCAUCGACCGAUGAAAAACACCCGACGGCGGAGCAGAUAGUAGGCCACCCGAUUCAUACUUUCCCAGCAAGACUACGGUUGCUUCGCGUUUAGCGGCGCUUGCUGUGUGGUAUGGUGGUUGUUUUUGUUUUUGUUGUUGUCGUCGCAUCUACUACCGAGCGUAAAUUGCGCGCCAUGGCACAAAACAGAGGCGCGCAAAACAACGAUUCAAAAUGGCCGCCGUUUAUUUAUGUUUAUAAAUACACUCGAUGCUCGGCUCGACUCAACUCGAGGUCGAACGAAAGAGAACGAAACGAAAACAUUGAACACGGAGCUGCUGCCCCUUUAAACCGUCGUCAUCAUCACGCGUUUCAACAGUGCGCUAAAUAGAUGCUGAGGACCGAAACAUAUUUGGUUGGGACUUGUCGGAAAUAUUUUCUCAUUUCAUGUCUUCAUUUUAGAGCUUUGAUUCGAAAGUUUUAUAUUGGAUUUUUUUAGGAAACCCUCAAAUAUCCCUAUCAGUUGAAAACGAAACUUCAAGCUUGACUGUCGAGAAAUAAAAACAAUUUAGAUAUAUAGGAUUAUAGGAAAAUAUGACCGUUUUAGAAGUUAGAGCAUUUUUUUCUUCGUUGUUGUUAUUUUUAUUUCCAAUAACAUUCUCGUCUCACCAAAACUUAUCGAAUAUUCUUUAGUGUUACUCUGAAGCGUACCGGCACAUCUCCCGUUUUUCGGAGCUCUUGCCGUGCGCCAUUACGUUUUAUUUUUAAUCUAAUCCGACGAAAAUGUUUUUUGUCACGAAUCAUAACAAACAAAAACAAAUCAAAACGAAAAAACGAUAGGAAUGAAAGAUUCACUUGUUCAGUUUUCUUCGUAUUAGAAACAAAAAAACAACUUCUUUUAUAGUUUGUGGCUGUGCUUUCUCAUUUUUCAAAAGACUGAUAAUAAGCUUAUAGACGCGCGAGCACCCGCCCUGUUUUUCCAAUUUUCGGUCCGUGGAUUUCCCAGUUAACGGAACCUUUUUGCCCCACAGAGCGGUUUCGAGGAAAAGAAAACGAAAAACUAAGUAAUUGGGCAAUCGGAAUUCUCGUUGUUGGAACCAGAAAAUAUUCAAACAGCCAAACCCCCCUUAGGUAGGAAAAAAUCUCGAUUGUCAAGUUUGAAGUUUCAAUUAUUUUGUUUUGGUUUACUUUUUUCUCUAAGCUCAAUCGAAGUUUUUAUGAUUACUUUAAAAUUCCCACUUGUAGGAAAACCGAACAAAACUCAUCGAAUUGUGUGCUUGGUAAAACUGCACGUGUUGUUUAGAUAGGAUUCUAAUAAAAAAUCGAUCCAUUCAAUACUUUUUUUUUCUUUUAUCGGAACCCUACUUGUAUUAAAGUUUUAAAAAUCUUAUAGACUCUCAAGAGAAACAUUUAUUCAUCGGACACAAACAUCUAUCCCAGUAACGAGACAUCUGUUUCGACAUAAAAAUAGAACAACAAAAGUUAAUAAUGUCCAUUAAUCAAUUUAAUAUAUUUGAAGAAAACCAAUGGACAUUUGAGCAUCCCUAACAAAACGCUACCCAUGUGUCUCAAAAAACCCCAAAAUAAUCAGACUGUCUAGCUGUUAAAACUGUGUACAAUAGAAAUGUUUUUAGUUUAGUUUAGUUUUUUUUUUGAGUUUUAAGUCGAGUCGAUAAGUGCUUAGUUUACAAAAGACAAACUUAUGAAAAAUGGAAAGUAGGUUUGACAGUUCACGUUAAUUUCUCUUAAAAUUGUGGCGCCAUCCCGUGGUGAGCUUCAGUACUUAUCGACUUACCUUCGUCAAAAAACUUUUUAAGUUUGUUUAUUUUUUACGUUUCGUCUUGAUUUGCCUACUAAAGGUAAUCAAUCGAUCAGAAUCUAAUCUGUUUCGAUUUUUUCCUUGAGUUUCAUGAGUUCCAUCGAUCCUUUUUUUUCCUCUUCCGUGUCGCUCAAUGUGUUGUUAACAUUUAUCUUAUAUCGUAUCGUAUCGUAGUAGAGACUCUAGCACACAGAGGAAACUAAUUAGUAACUAUUAAAAUAAAUAAGAACAAAAUCAUACACACAAUCCGUUUUAGGAUUUCUCCCGAGCAAAAACAAGAAAAUGAUUAGUUUUGAAGUGCAUCAACCCUGCGCGAAAUUAUAUAAUUUUUUUCUUUCUCACAUUCGAAUUCAACAGCUGCUGUCAAACAAGAACAAUUUCUGUGCGUUUUCUACGUCUAGAUUUUUUUUCGAACAAUCUUAAAAGUCCUCAACUAAAAUAACUGAAAUUUCCCGUAAAGCUUCUUUGAGUGACAGUGUUGUCAAACUGAACUAUUUUUUUCAAAUUCCAAAUCAGUGUCACAUUUCUAUUGAUUCAUGCAAAGCAACAUCAUUCUUGUUUACAUUUUUCUCUCCUCCAAAAUAUAAGUUUGUCACGUUUUUUAUCUUAAAACGAAAUUCUUUGCACGAACGCUGACUAUAUAGUGAAAUAUAUACAUGUAGGAAACUGUAUCGAAGGGGAUCGAAACGAUUGAUUUAGAGAGAGCGUAGUUUAUCUUUUAGUCUUUGUGUGUAGUUGUUAUUGAAAGUAAACAAGAAAAAACAACAGAAAAUAUGAAAACAGUCAAACGUUGAACGAAAUAAAAAUGGUUUAAAGAGUAAUUUUGCAGUUUUGAACUUUCCAAACCGAUCGAAAACAAAAAUCUGAAUGUAUUAUGCUAAUAGAAUGUAAUCAAUGAAACACACGAAAAAAAGAAAAAAAAUCAACAAAAACAUACACAUACUACUCAGAUAAAAUUCCGUUCCGUCACAACAAGCAGCAUACGCAGAUACGUGAGCAAAGUUUUACCAUGAAAGAAGAGCAUCUAUUGUUGAGAAAGUUCAGUCUAAGGCAAAAGUAAACAAACAAAUAGAAAAAAUAGUGGAGAAAAAAGUGUAACACAAAAAUUAGCCUACUAUCUAAGCGUUGCAACAAACGAAAAAAAAAAAUCAUCUAGAUAACAGCUGCGACGAAGAUAGAAGCAAGAAAAAAAUAUGAAUCCAUUGCAUGGUAAAUAGGAAAUAAAUAAGUAGGUUAGAUUGGUAUUUAUCAAAAGCAAAAGUAAUAAGCUGUAGGUAACUUUAAAAAGUUAUUCUGAAACAAAAAAAAAUCAAUGCAUUUAUAAAUCAUCCUUUUAAACAAGAAAACACAGACAAAAGAAGCUAUAGGAUUGAGCAGACGAAGCGUUACUAAAACAAGCAAAUACACGUACAGACAUUUACACUCUCACACAGAAAAACACAAAACAAACAAACUACACUCUCAGUUACUUUCGGGCGAAACGAGUAAAAUGCGUGCGCAGCAAAAGCGCACGCUAAACACAAUGAAAUACUGUUUUUGUUUGUAACAAUUUUAUAACAGCAACAAUAACAAUGUUCCUUGGUACCUAAUUAAUUAAAAUAUAAAUAUCGUAUUGAAAAAAAGUAAAACCACAUAAAUCUAACAACUAUGAUGAAAAAUCACAAAAAAAAAAUGCGGAAAUAUGGGGCAAACAUUGUUGGUUCGGAUCAAAAUGGUUAGGGAAAGUUGAACAGUUUAACAACAAUGGGGUGGAAUACGAAAACAGAAAACAAAACAAGACAGCAGCCAAAAAAGAAGCCGGGGAAAAUGUACACUCUCAAAAAGAAUUCAUCAUUCGAGGCAUCGAAACAAAAAAUGGUUGGAAAGUCCCGCCCCCAAAUCUCUCCCGCUUUUUUCGAACUCUGUAAAUAGUUAAAAUCAGAAAAAAAACAAUCAAACUCUAGCGAAAAUCAAUUUCUGAAACCAAUUUCGGGAAUGUAAAAAACCCAGAAUAGACAAAAAAAAUCUAAAAAAAACUUUUUUUCGAUGAAAUAAAAAUAAUAAAACAAAAACCGUUGCAUUAACAACAAAAAAAGGAAUGUAGGCAAAUUAAAUUACGUUUCCCAGGUGAAGAAAUCGACAGACUUUUAAAAACGUUCGAAUUCGAAUUGAAUAUUUUCUAACCAAACUGGCACCGAAAAUGUCACCGUGUAAAUUCGUUUUCUCCGUUUUUUUUGAAAAUGUGUCAACCCAUCUCAUCGGAAUGUCAUGUAAUGUAAAUCAAUCAAUGUAGGCGAGAUAAAAACCGCGCGUGUGUAUCCAUCAUUAGUACUGACUUUUCUUUUCUCGUUUGAUGAGCAAAAAUUGUAUUGAAUUUUGUGAGUGCUUUUCCCGUUUCUAUUGAUUGUCGGUUUUUAGUACACAUCAAUACAUUGGUACACAUAAACACACACACUAGAGAGCGAGAGAGAAAAAUUUGAAAAAAAAACACGUAUAGAUGCAUAAUCCACAUUCUGAGAAUGAUCCGCUAAGAGUUGUGUAGGUCAAGAAAUAAUCAAAUAAUGAAAAAGAAAAAAAACAAA